GCCAUAUUUAAAAGGAUGAAAAUUUUUUGGUUAAGUCACGCAGGAAUUGGAAUUUACAUACCUGGCCGUUAAUUAAAAUUCUAUACGUAUAUAUUAUGCUGUGUUUUGAAAAAUUGGUGAAAAUUUCGAAAAUAAAACUUGCCAUUUGUUAUUUUGUAUUUGUGUAUAAUUUUAAAUUCACAUUAGAAUAUUUCUGAAAUAAUGACGACGGGACGAAGAAGAGCAUCACAUUCGAAUUCGGGGAGUUCGUUGUACAAUUCCUCUGGGAGUUUUCGAUCACGAACACUUAAUUUUCGACCUAAUUCCACACAGGAGGAUAGAGGUGGUACUAGACCAACAGCUGUUCCAAGUUCAGUUGGUCUUAUUUUAAUAACAGCAAUUCUUCAUAUUUGUAAAAAAUCUCUACUCUUUGAUACAAAAUUAAAAGCUGGUUUAUAUCUCGGAGCUCUUUUUCUCGGUUCUAUUGUUACCGAUGCCAUUAAAGUGCCUAGAAGUUAUUUCUCCAGAUCAGAUAACGCACUGAAUAGAUAUUUCAUUAAAUGGGCCUGGGGAUGGCUGCUAACGACAAUGAUACCCUGGGUUGUGUUGACAGUACACACAAUUGGUUGCGGUCGAAGAAUAGUUUUAAUAAAACAUGUGGUUCGUUUAAUAUUUGCCACGUGUGCUUGGAUUUUUUGGAUAAAUUUAUUUCACUAUAUUGAAACAAAUUUUGGAAGAUGUUAUAAUACAAAAGAUAUUCUUUUACAAGAGAAAUCAAAAUGCCUACAAGUUGGUAAAUUUUGGAGUGGUCUCGAUAUUUCGGGACAUGCAUUCAUUAUUAUUUACUCGAGUCUUAUUCUUGCCGAGGAGGGUAGAAGUUUAAUUGGUUGGGAAGGAAUAAAAGAUUUAAUAAUACAAGAGGAACAUACGCGAACAGUUGCAACGGAAAAUAGUACGGGUCCAUUGAAAAAUUUAUGCGAUGAAGAUUUUCAAUUUUUGAAAAAAGCUUAUAAAGUUUUGACACCAUAUUUAAGGGGUCUUUUCAUUACAAUGACAAUGCAACAAUUAUUAUGGGAUGUAAUGCUUGUGGCGACAAUUCUUUAUUAUCAUAAUAUGGCGGAAAAAUUUCUUGGUGGUGUGGCAGCAAUUAUUACAUGGUACAUGAGUUAUCAUUGGAUAUUUCGAAUGACAAAAUUAGGAUGCACAUAUCCUGGACAAGGUCUUUUUAAAUAUGCCGCUGAGCCAAAAAUAAAUAUUGAGAUUAAUUCUCGAUUACGACGAAAUACAUUAAAUAGUUCAAGAACUAGGUAUGGUUUUAUCGGUGUAUUGAGGAGUAUGUUUUUCACAUAAAAACAUAUAUUUUAUGACAUCGAAAUAAAGAAAAAAAAAGAAAAAAAAAAAAUUAUAAAAAAUGUGGACAAACUGAUGUGGAAAUCAGUGCGUCUAAGAAAUAUUUGUUUUCGUUAAAGCUAAAUUUAUUAGCUUUAAAUGAAAAAUAAAAGAAACGCAAAAUAUUUAGUACAAAAUAAAUUUUUGUACAAAUAAUAGAAGAAUUUGUCGAACCAUGAUUUAAGCAUUUUACUCCUUGGUGAGAAUUAAAGAUUUAUUAUUUAUUUAUCAAUUAAUAGGGAAAUUUAUUUAUUUAUAAUUUUGUUUUUCAAUAUUGAGUAUGCAUUUAUGGUACUCUAAAUGCCAUUUAUUAAAAAAAAAUAAUUUUUAUUGUUAUUUAUCUAAUAAUUGAAAUUUACAAUAAUGUUAAGUUUAUUUUUGGUGUCUGUAUUUAU